AUGCCACUGUCAAGCUCUGAAUCGAGUAUUUUCAGUGACACUGAUUAUGAUGGUAGUAGUGAGGAAGAAUGCAGUUUUAUGAAUACAGAUGAGAAUAUAAAAAAUGUGAAAUUCUUCCAUAAGAUAAUAAUUAAACUGUUUUUGAAAAAUAGAAAGUAUUAUGAACAAGUAAAAAAAAUAGCACUUAGCUAUAUUAGUAAAAUAGAGGACACCCAAUUUUCGCACGUUCAAAAUAGUGAACAGGGAAUCAAUGAAAAUAUAUACAAUUUUUAUUUUGAUACAUAUGAUGCAAUUGAAUAUGGGGAAAACAAAUUAAUAUAUUACAUGCAAAAUAAUUUUCACAAAUUUAUUGAUGUUAUGAACAAUUAUUCUAUUCCUUUUUUUUUCCGACUUAUCUUUCUGAGUUGUUAUUUUGAAUUUCUUUCUAGUAAGGAAAUCAAAAAGGAUAUAAAACACAUUGAUGGUGUGAAUGGAUAUAUCCAUUCCUCUAGCAGUGAUAUCGACAAUGGAGAAUCAGAUUCUAGGACGAAAGGGGAAAAUUCUGUUUGUUUACAGAGGGCAAGCCCUAGUUGUGUUCAGCAGAAUAGCAUACUCGCGAAGAAGUGCUUUUACAACAAAGUGGGAGAAAUGGGAGAAGUGGAGGAAGGUGAAGGAGUGGGAGAAGCGGGAGAAUCAGAAGAAGCUGAAAAGGAGCAUGUCGAAAAAGAAUGGCGUUUCCGUGGCAGUGAAAGUAUGGAAGAAAAAGACAGUAUAAAUUCUGACCAGUCAGAAGAAUCAGAUAUAACUAGCGACAAGGAACGAAAAAAGGGUAGUACAAGCGAAGAGGACUCUUGGUUGUACGAUUUUAUAGAUUAUGAUUUCAAUAAAGAAAGAAAAAUUAUGGAAGAAAUUGAUUUGUAUAGUGCUUGUUUGAUAAAAGGGAUUUUGUAUUCAUACAGGAGGUGCGCUUUUUUAAAAGAUGUAAAUACAAAAAUAAAAAUAAACAAUUGCUUUAAAAUGAUUUUCGAAAAGCAGAAUAUAAAAAUUAUGUGCCGUGUGGUGAACGUUCCAUAUCUACAAGAUAUGCAUAUCAAUUGUUUGCAGGAAAUAAGAAGUAAACAUAUUGGGAAAUUUGUAAGCACAGAAGGGAUAAUAACAAGGGUGGGAGAAAAAAAAAUAUUAGAGGAGUGUAAAAAAUAUAGAUGUAUGAAAUGUGAUAACAUAAUUAAAAAAAAAGCGAUUCCUGAAUUGUAUUAUAAUACCCAAACUGUAUUUAAGUGCCAAAAUUCUCAGAUAAACACGAAUAUACCACCUUGCUAUAGAAAUGAUUUACUAAGUGAAGUAAGAAGCAAGGAAACAAUUCUGAAAAGGAAAUGUAUGAAGGAAGAUAUGGUACAGGAAUUUAGAUGUGAAGAACAACUACUUUAUAUUAAAAGUGAUACUAAGAAUGAUAAUAAACAGAACUUUACAAAUUAUCCUAAUAAUUAUAACUUAAAACGUAAUAUAAACAAACGAAAUGCUAAACAAAAUGGAAGCAUACAUAGCAAUAAUUGUCAUAAUAAGAAUCCAUACAUAGAAAAAAAGUGCAAUGGGACAAAUUUCGAGUUUUUAGAAAGUGAAGUGAAAAGAGUAGAUUAUCAGGAAAUAAAAAUAAAAGAAUCAAGUAAAACAAAUAUCCCAUAUUCUAUUACAGUUGUUCUUUUGGAAAAUUUAGCUGGAAAAUAUCACCCUGGAAAGAAAGUUAUUAUAAAUGGAAUUAUUUUACGAAGAUGGAAAAAAUUGUACAAAGAUAUUAGAUGUGAUUCUGAAUUAUUUAUUGAAGCAAACAAUAUAGAAGUUAAAGAAUUAGAAGUUUCUAAAUGCAAAGAAAUAUCCCUAGAUGAUGAAUUUUCCAAAUGUAUAAACAAUUUAGCAAGUAAGAGAAAUGUCUGUGAUGCAAUGACCAAUCGAAAUAAUAAUAAUUCUUCGAAGAAUAUAUCCCACAAAUCGGAUGUGAAUAACUACACAGGGGAUCCCAUAAUAUAUGAUGAAAAAGAAAAUCCUUUAAAACCAUUACAGCAUAUUGGAACUCGACAAUAUCCUUUUGCAAAUCGGGAGGAGAGACAACAGCAAGAGGUGUCUGUACCGAAUGAUGAUGAAUCACUUCCAUGCAAAUCGUUUGAAAAAGCUUCUUUACACUCUUGCAAAAUAAGUAAAAACAGAAAUAAAUCUAAGACGAACACUAUCUAUACGGAUGCAAAUGGGCAAGAAAAAAAUUUAUUUGAAAAGUAUUGGCUUCUCUUUAAAAAUAAUAAACUAGAGGGCAAGAGGUACAUAUGCGAUAGCUUAUGCCCGAAUUUAUACAAUAGUAAGUUACCCAAGAUAUCUGUACUUUUAGUAUUAAUCGGUGGAAACAGAAUGACUGAGCAGGAUUCUUUUUACAAUCAAAAUAACAGAUGGAAGAAGUAUUUCAGUAGGGGCAGUGAAAGGUUGGAUUCGAAGUUGGGACCAAGCGAUGGUGAGGAAGUAGCAGAGGAGGGAGUAGUAGAGGAAGGAGUAGUAGAGGAAGGAGUAGCAGAGGAAGGAGUAGCAGAGGAAGGAGUAGUAGAACAAGAAGUAGCAGAACAAGAAGUAGCAGAACAAGAAGUAGCAGAACAAGAAGUAGCAGAACAAGAGCAGCAUCAGGGGCGGGGUAAAUAUGCUGAGGUUGAGAUGGAGGGAAGAGGAAAAUAUGGUAGCGAGAAAAGAAGAAAACACAAGAAUAGGAAAGGAAGAAGGAAUUUUUCAUCUGACAGUUGCAACAAAAGAACUUUGUGCCAUUUGCUGCUUGUUGGAGAUCCAGGAACGGGAAAAUCACAGUUAUUGAAAGAGGUACAAAAAAUAAGCUAUAUUUGUAUGAACGUAUCAGGUAUGUUUUGUACAACUGCUGGAUUGACAUGUGCAGCGAUAAAAGAAGGAAAUAAUUUUAUGUUGGAAAGUGGAGCUUUAGUUUUAGCUGAUAAUGGGGUUUGUUGUAUUGAUGAAUUUUGUUUAAUGAAAAAUGAGAAUAAAAAUGCUAUUCAUGAGGCAAUGGAACAAUUAACAAUUUCGGUAGCGAAAGGUGGAAUAGUGGAUAAGUUAAAUUGUAGAUGCACUAUUAUUGGUGCAUCUAAUUUUGAGUUGCAUAAAACUGUUAAAGGAAAUUUGGCUUCUUGUGAUAAUAAGGCCCUUAUCAUUAAUCUUUCCUAUGCUUUGCUGAGCCGAUUCGACAUGGUUGUAAUAACAGAGGACAAUAGUGAAAUUGAUUCCAAAAUUGCUGAUUAUGUUUUAGCACAAGAUAUGAACACAAGUUUUUUUUCGAGUGGAAAUGAUUCUGAAAGGGUUGAUCCAUUGAUGAAGGAAGGAUCUGAGAUUACAGGAAUAAGUGGUGAAGAAGUAGACGUAGAUGUUUAUUCACUUGCUGGUGAUGGAGGAGUAGUAAAUAACUGUUCUAAAUUAUCUAGCCAUUAUUGUAAUAUACCAAAUGUAGAUGUGGAUCCAAGAAAAUUUAUCAUUACAAAUUCCACAGAUCAGAUAAAAUGGGUAAAAAAAAAAAAUGAAUUCAAAAACACUGAAAAUGGAAAAAUUAUUUGGUCUAGCGAGAAACUAAGGGAAUAUAUUCAUCAUGUGAAAAAUAACUGUUUUCCGUAUUUUAAUAAGAAUUCUAAAUUGAUAUUAAUUAGUUAUUAUUCCAUGUUAAGAAAACAUAAUAAUGGAGAUAAUGGAACAACCAUAAGAACAUUAGAAAGUUUAAUCAGGUUAAGUGAAGCACAUUCUAAAAUGAUGUACAAUGACAAUGUCUCAUCUGAUGAUGUUAUAAAUAUCAUACUAUUAUCAGAGCUAAGUUUGCGUGGAUAUAAAAUUGCUGUUAAAACAAAUUCCAAUAAUGUACUUAUAGCAAGGACAGGAAUAUUUGACAAUUUAAAUGAUUCCUUGGUUUUUUAUAACAAUAUGCAUAAAACCUUCUAUUCUUUGGAUGAUGUUUUGUUCUAUGAGUCCCUGUACAAUUAUUUUAAAAAACUACUUUUAGAGAAACUCAAUUUAACAGAGCGGGAUGAUGGGGUUAUACACAAAAUGGUGCUUCACUGA